AUGCCAUCAGGACGCCUCCAUUGGUAUUUUUCUCGAUUAGCUGGACAAAUUUCCAACCCUGGAUCCGAUAUUGGUCGUUUACCAUUUGCAAAUAUAACAACGUUGAGUGUUAGCCAUUCGACAUCAUCUGAUAGUCGUGUAUGGUUAGGUGCGCUUCGUGGAGCGAUGCGUUUCGAUUCGAACGCUACGGAUAUCGAUGCUUGGCGUGUAUUCAACAGUGCACGAUACAUGCCUACUCGUCAAUCGAUCGUCAAUGUUUCAUCAUUGGCUGUAUUAAGUCGAACUCGUGAUGCACCUAGUGAUUUGGGUAGUGCAGCAGUAGUCGUGACAAAUCGAGGUUUAGCUAUCAUUCGCUUCGAGAUGUGGACAUUGGCACAAAAAGCAGAUUAUUUUCAAAAGUUCUUCGAUCCGCCCAGUAGAUUUGUAAAAUAUGGUCUUGUAUGUGGUUGUCUAAUGUCAUCAUGGGGUGAUAUUCGGACUUGCGUGAAAAAACCCUGUGAUAGUGAUGGGCUUUGGACUACGAUCUAUCUGGGUAGUCAAGUUUUUCGCUAUGCAGUAACACAUGAUGUAGAAGCGAAAAAAGAAGCAUGGACUUAUUUUGAAACACUCGAAUUACUCAAUAAAGUGACAGGUAUUUCUGGUUAUCCUGGUCGUUCAGUGGCCAAUCGAAGCGAUUUUCCACCCAAACCACGUUGGUAUCCUUCUCCUGUUUAUUCUGAUCUUCAAUUUUAUGGCGAUACCUCUUCGGAUGAAAUUGUUGGCCAUCAAUUUGUCCAUCCAUUAGUGCAUGAUUUACUCGCUGAAAAUGAUGAUGAACGUCAACGUGCGUAUAUACUUAUUCUCAAUAUAACUACACAUAUUCUCACACAUGAUUGGUAUUUGAUCGGCGAAAAUCAUAAUCAUACAAGAUGGGGAAUAUGGAAUCCCCUUCAGAUUAAUAAUGAUAGUUACUAUCAAGAGACUCGUGGUUUGAAUAGUCUUCAAAUAUUUGCUUUCUUACUUCAAACAUAUGCUUAUAGUGGUGAUGAACGCUUUCUCAACGCUGUCAACCUUCUUAUUCAAUCCUAUCAAUAUGAUAUCAACUUAAUUAAUCAAAAGAUGAUUGCAGUUUGCGAUAAUAGUUUCUCUGAUGAUGAACUGGCUUAUUUAUCCUACUUCAAUCUAGUUUAUGCCUUUCACACGAUUACUUCAUCGACGCGUCUAUCAAAAGAACAGCGACAUCGGGCACAAGACCUCAUUGAUCAUUUAUUGCCAUAUAUGCAGAUUGGUUUAGAUCUAUCACAUAAAUAUAAAAUCUUGGAAAAAACACCAUUCUACAAUUUUAUCUAUUGUUAUGCUAGUGAACAAGUCAACGUAACUAGAGAAGCCACACUGAAAAAAGGUUUUCGAGCAUCAUUUGAUUGUGACUCGUUGUCAAAAGAUGGUGUCUGGUUUUUACGUCGUUGGACAUUGGAUCCCAUCGAAUGGCAACAAUUUAAUAGCGAUCGUUUAGAUAUUCAGCUCAAUGUACCAGCUUCUAAAUGUCAGAAUGAAAUUCAAUCGUUGCAACUCUUACCUCCUGAUGAACGAUCUAUUACGAGAUGGAAUAGUGGUAUGUACGAUGUCGAUGAUGGAAGUGGAUGGGAAGCAUUAGAUCCCAGUAGUUUCUUGGUUAGUUAUUGGGGAAUGCGUUAUUUCAAUUUACUCGGCGCUUGA